AACGCUAACUAUGUGCGGUUUUACAUCACUUACUAUGCACUUACACACACUGUACCAUAUUCUUCUUUCAUUUCAAUUCUAUGAAUACCCACCAAACACCUAACACUCUAUUCUCUUUUCUCUCCUAUCUUUUAGCCUAUAGAUCUGUGAUUUUGUCAAGGGAAAAAAAAGAUGAAUUGCUACUAUGGAUACCCACAAAUGAACACAAACUGUGAAGAGGUGAAAAUGGAAUCAGUGGUUUGUCCAAAACCUCGUCGAUUGGGUCUUUCAAAUCAACACUCUUCCAUCAACAAUCAUACCAGACCCUUCAGGUGCCCUAUCAGCAACGAAUCUGAGAUUGAAGAUUCAGGAGUUGGGGCAGAACUUCUUGACAUCAUCCUUCCCAAGGGAAGCUGCAAUCCUGAGAGAUCCGGCGACAAAGUGUUAGCUUUAUCGCCGCCGUAUUUCAUUGGAUCUCCACCAAGCAGGGCUUCAAACCCUGUUAUCCAAGAUGAGCAAUUUGGUAAUGGGAAUUUUAGUCCAUUUACCAUGGCGUCGUCUUCGCCGUCAGCUCGAGGAUGUGGAGUUCCAAUGAAAUUUGGAAACACACCCGCUGCGGUGAGGAUUGAAGGUUUUGAUUGUCUUAGAAGAGAUAGGAGGAGCAAUUGCAGUAUCUCUGCUGUAGCUUAAUCCAUUUUUGAAGAACAAAAGAUAGAAAAUAGAGAGAAACUCAAGAUAAAAAAAAAAAAGAAAUCAGAGAAAUGCAAUGAGCAGAGGAGAUUUUUUGUUUCCUUUGGAUAGAGGAGCUAAUCUUGAUUCAAUGUUGUUAGAGUAAUGUAUGAUGUAUAUAAAUUGUGUUGUUCAAGUUGUUGCUCAUGAAUGAGUUUGGUUUUGUUUUUUUCAAUCAAUAAAAGAGGAUAAGGCAGAACAAGAACAUGGCAAGUAAAGCCACUUUCUUGUGUUUUGUUAUUUAGGUUUGUGGAGAGUUCAUAGUUGUUAUGUGUGUGUAACAAAGAUCCUCUCACUUGUAAUUGUAAUUUGGAGGAUAAAUGUUUGGAAUUUUGUACAUUAUAUUAUUGUUAUCAUCAGUUUUUGAAGGUUUAUUUGAUAAUCUUAAAGA